CCCCCUGUCCCUAAGCUGCACAGCUCCCUACAACCCUGGAGUGAGCCUGUCUGAUAGAGAGAGCUAGACAGAGUGUGUGUGUGUCUGUGUGUGUGUGUGUGUGUGUGUGAUCACAGAGGCAGCCGCCGAGAUGAGAGUGUGAAGCAGUGAGAGGGAAAACCCUACAAAGAACAGCAGAGGCAAUCAGACGUCAGCAAAAAAAGACAGAGCAGAGCAGAGGACAGAGAGGAGGAGAGAAUCAGGGUGGGGGUGGGGGGGGGUAAAGGACCAUGUGAAUCUACCAUCUUUAGACCAUGUGCCAAAGUCAAGAGAGGCAAUGACUAGAUGACUGACCCCCACAGACACACACCAGCAUCCUGUCCUGGAGCCUCGACAGGGAGGGACGAGAGACUUCCACACACACUCCAGGGGUAAACGCACGCUCUUCAACCAAUCCCCACAUCCACUGGAUCAUGUCGUCCACCGGGUCGACCAACCACAACAAGCGACUGGCAUCGGAGACAGACAACUCUCAGCGGUUGUUGGAUAACGAUUCUACCCAGCACCUGAAGAUGAGGGAGCGACAGCGUUUCUUUGAGGAGGUCUACCAGCACGAUGUCGAUAACUACUUGCCCUCUGCUCACUUGCAGAUCGACAGCAGGAAACCUCCAAUGGGCAGUAUCUCAUCUAUGGAAGUGAAUGUGGACGUCCUGGAGCAGAUGGACCUGAUGGACAUAUCUGACCAGGAGGCUCUAGAUGUGUUUCUAAACUCGGGCUCUGGAGCAGAGGAUGGAGAGCUGGCUUCCCCACUACCAGAGUGUGAGGAUGACGACGAAGAGGAGGAGGAUGAAGACGCAGAGGUGGUCUACAGGGAGCGUGCGCCUUUGAAACGGCAAAACGAAGUCCACCGCGGCGCCAAGUCUCGCAUGUCGUCCACAUCAUCUGGUUCCAGUGACACCAGUGGGGCCGGAGAGGACACGCCUGUGAUCCAGUCUGACGAUGAAGAAGUCCACGCGGACACUCUGCUGCUGACCUCUGCUCCCCAAACCAGGGAUGAAGAAACAGAGGAGGAAGAUGAGGAGGAAAGAGGCCUUGCAAUAGAGGGCAGAGGAGUCUGACAUCCUUCAUUCUGAGUCUCUACAUUUGCGUUCCUUUCUUUUGGGGAGAACCUCAGCAUGGUUGACCUGGCUGUGAUUCAAUGUGUCUUCUGUACAUCUCAAAAUCAACUAUGUUCCCCGAGUACCUCUUAAAUACUCUGUGUGUGUGUGGAAAUCCGAGUGAUAUGUGCAGUGUGGCAAUUUAUAUAAAUGAGUCACAUCACUCCCACGCACUAACAUGUUCUGGCCGAGAUGAUUUUCAGUUAGAGAUUGGUUCCUCUUGCUGUCUCCCCUCCUCCUCUCCAUUUCUUUGUUUGUUUUUACGACUUCAAAGCAACAGGCUCUGAGCAGCCGUGUGAAUCCUGAAGGUGGCUGUACUCGAACUGUAUGGGCAAAUCGCAAGUAAAAGAACAAACGCAGAGGGAAGCCAUUUUGUAUUCACUGAACAAAUGCAGACAUGUACAAAAGAGCACUUUAAGAAUUAACUAAGGCUGCUGCACACAUGAGGAUUUUCAACUCUUGACCAAUUUUUUAAAACGAUUUUUAAUCUUAUAAUCUUCAGAACACUAGAUGAUUUGGCCAGAACAUCAGACCACACACUUGGCCAUUUGUAGGAAACGAUAUUACAGUGGCGAUUCCAGAGACUUGAAAUCUCACAGAGACUUCCCGAAGGAACAUGGAGCAGGACCGACGUUGUGUAUUCUGUUCACCUCGCUCUAAAUGGCUAUUGCGGGUUCCUGUCUGAGGCGAGUAUUGAUAUUUACGAUUCGAGGUCGGGGAGACUCCCACUCAAUCGGUAGCAUCAAGAUUAAUUUGUAAACCCCUCACACUUCAGGAUUAUUUGGGCAGAUAAUUGGAACGCCACACAGAUUGUCGGAAGGGGGCAAAUAGGGUCUUAAAUGGUCCCUAAUAUCCUCUAGUGUGCAGCAGCCUAUAAACCUUUUUUUUAACUUUCAUUGCACCAACUUUGAGUAUCUUGAAUUUUCCUUGUGAUUAUUGGCAUUUAGAUUACGUUUAGAUUGCAUUUAGAGAUGCUGGCACGGUCCAAUCGAACCGUGGUGAGCAAUUUAGUCUAUCAUUCUGUGGUUAAGCUUUUUAUUUGUCUGCAAGUGGAAAAUGGCUUCGUAGCAUAGCAUUUAGAUUCAAAACCACAGCCAUAACCCUAUCCAGAGAUGAAGCCAAAAUAUCCCAGAUACGAUCUCUGCCAUCUUGCAUAUUUUGGAGCCGGUUGGGGGAUGGAACCACCACAGUGGGGAGGUGUCAUUAGAAUAUAUAUGUCAAAACCAGUUAUCUUAAAGUUGUAUUUGAUGUCUAUUUUUACUUUUUAGUUUGGUCCAGGUCCAGGUUUAUGACAUUUACUGCCACAAGCGUGUCAUCAGGAUGCUUUGGCUUCACGUUUGAGGAUCUGUCAUGUGAUCUAUCUCUGUUAACAGUCUAUGCCUCAAGCUGAUAGCUCCUGACUAGACGGCAAACUGUCAUUCAAUGUCCCUUUGUGUUUUCAGAUGAUCUGCAUGAGGCAGAAAUGAGUAAAAUCAAACAAAAAGUCCCUUUUCCUCUAAUUACCAUUAAUCGAUUGCCGUGUGCAUGUGCAGACGGUUUACAGUAUCAUGAAAGGAGCUGUAAACGCAUGCUGUUUUUGUUCUUGUUAAUGAGUAUUUCAUAUUUUUCCGAACCUGUACCGACAAAGUGUUGCAUUACGGAACUGAACGGCACCUGAAGCCAAGUUACUCCUCUCGUCCACGUGAGACGUAGUCUGACAGUUGAGUGUUUGUCACGUUACGAGUGAUGGAUUUCCUUGUUAAUGCCGUGUACAAUAUGUAUGUUUGUGUGGGUGUGUCAGGGUGUGGGCGUGUGGAUGCGCACGGAAGAUGUGGACCAUCAACAUUACAAAACAACCAUUUGGCAGUGUUAUUAAUGUUGUGCAUCUCUUACCCACUCAGACAUCUUGCUAUGGACUGAAUAAAAAUAAGGCAGAAGUUAAA